AUGUCUGGAAUGAAUGAUAAGAUAUCCAUUCCUGAGACAUCAAGUAAAGUUGCUCCUCCAAUGAAAAUUGAUAAACAGCCAAGCUAUGCUUCUAGCCCACCAACAGAAUCUAAGGGUAACGAGAUUAAAGAUGAAAUUCAAUCUUUGAUCAGAGCCAAAAAAUACAUUGAGAACAUAUCUUCAAUUACACGAGUACUUAUUGACGAUAGUGAUGCAAUUCCAGUUAUUCAAAGUUUACUCAGACCAUUAAUUACAGGAAUCGAGACAAAUUAUCCAAAAUUAAUUGCAGUAUGCACCCAAUUUUUUACUUAUGUUACAGACAAGAGAAAGAAAGGUUCAAGAAUUGCUUUCUCAACAGGUCCUGUACUACCAACAAUGAAAGAAUUUUCUGAUUUUUGGGAUCCAUUCAUUUCAGCAAUCCAUGAUUUUUCACAGAGAAAACAAUUACCUCAUACAAAAGAGAUAUCUGUUAGAUUUCAAGGUAUAUCUCUCACAUUAGAUACAGUUCAGAAAUAUAAUCUCGAAAGGAAACAUCCAAGCGCUACAAUUACUGCCACAAUACAAAGUAUGAAAGCAUUAUGCAACAGAUUAUCUAAAAGUUGCAUGGCAUUAUAUGAAAAUCCCACUUUUCCAAAUUUUAAAGAAUCUGUUAUGGAUCUUUACAUCAAAGAUGUUGAUUCUUUCCAACAAGUUUUGAUGGAUGGAUUUAAGAACGAGCUAGUUCAGUGCGGAUUGACCGCAAAUGACUUCCAGAGAGUGAAAAUGACUAUAAUUGGAAAUAUUGGGCUGAUAACAAGUGCUUUGAAAGCAUCAUUUAAGUUCUCUCAUGAUGUAAAUAAUAUCUGGGAUGAAAUACACAACUUUAAAGGCGAAGUUCAAUGGAUUAUUGAUGAAAUUUACAGUAAGUUCGUUGUUUUUAGACAAGAAGGAUACGAAGACAUCCCAGAAGAAGUACCAACUCCCAAAGAGAAGAAGAAAGAAAAGGAUUUGCCAAAAGUUCAAUCACUAAGUAAAAUUGUCCAGUUUAUUGGUAACGAUAUCGGAUCAUCGCUUGUUGCAGUUGACUAUGAGCCACGCCUCAGAAUGUUUUUAAGAGAGGUUCUACCUGCUUUGGAACAGACUUAUGACAAUGAAGGGGAUAUUUGGGCCCAAUUGCUUCUUGUUGAGAAAAAUAUACAUAAUCUUGCCGAAACAAUUGAAAAGCAAAGCGUAAAUAUCAAAGAAAAUGAUGCUUUGCUGAUUGAAUUAAAUAAUGAAUUAUAUGAAAAGCAAUUAGAGCUUGAUAAGAUCUCUAAUUCAGCCAAACAGGUCAAUCAGACUAAUGUUAGAUCUAUUGAAGAUCUAAAAAACGAAAUGGCAAGGCUAAAAGAGGAAAAUGAAAAAUUAAACUCUCAACUCCAAGAGAAAGAUAAAGAAAUCUCAAGCCUGAAAGAGAAAACAGACAAUAAAGUCUAUAAAGACUUCAUUUCUAAGCUGAAUUCCAAAAUUUCUCUUGCAAUUCAAAAAGAUCUCAAAGAAGAGUUUGAUUUACAAGAAGCUGAUGACAAUUUGGAUGAGUUAAUCAGGAAAUUCAAUGAAAAACCUAUAGAAAUCCCUGUAAAACUCCCAGAACCCGAAAUUAUUGAAGUAAAAGAAGAAAUUAAACAAGAAGAACCUAAGGUUGCACCAAUAGUUAUCCCAGAAAAACCUGCUGAGGAGGUUAAACCUGCUCCAGAAGUUGUAAAAAGUCCAAGAUUUGAAAUCCAACAAAAACAACCAAGGAAAAGAGGAAGUUUGAUUGGUAUUUCUCCAGGACAAUCCACAUCAAUAGAAUCAUCAAAUGAAACAGAAAAACCAAAGACAAGAAGCAGAAAAAUGACUUUACAACCAGUUCGAGCUCCAAGUAGCGUUGGAGAUAUUAAAAAGAAGGAGGAAUUCGAUUAUAAGAAGCUCCGACCAAUUUUGGAGAUGAUUGACAUUGUUUCUGGGAUGAAUUCGACAAAUGAAAAACUUGAAAAGCUUGAUGACUUCAAAAACAUGGUCAGAGACAGAUGCGACAGGAUACAAGACGUUUAUGACCAAGAAGCAGAACACGUUGAAGAAAUUGAAGAAGAAUUAAACAUAAUUCAAGAGAAACUCGCUGCUAUUGGUAUAAAGAAUGAAGUUGCAAGCGACUCUGUUGCUGAAUUAAUUGAAAAAUACAAGUUCCAGAUUGAUCCAUUAAAUAAAGAAAUUAAAUCUCUUCAAGAAAGCAUCCAGAACAAAGAUAUCAACUACAAAGCUUUAGUUUCUAGAAUAAAAGCACUUGCAAAGGCAACAGACUCAGAAUUUUCAGAAGAAAAUGAUAUUCAAAGUUGUUUAGAUUUGAUUCAAGAAAAAAACACACAGAACACAAAAUUGUACCAAGAAAAUGUAUCUAAAAUAGACACAUAUAAACAGUAUAUUAAGGAUAUAGAGACAAGAUUGAUUCCUGUGCUCAAAAACAACGAAAUUUCGGAUGAUGACGAAAAAAUCGUUGAAAAUAUUCACAAAGGUCUUGACAUUUUACUUGAUUCUGCUUACUCUGAUGACUUCAUACACGUUUCAUUGAUUAAUAACAUCUUUAAAGGUGUUGUUGACGUUGAAAACCAACUUCCACAGGAUUAUCUGAAAGCUUUUGUAAAAGAUUACGAAAAAUCCAAGAAAGCGAUUAAUUCUGUCCAGAAACUAAAGACAUUUUUGGAUUCUCUUGACAGAAACAAACCUCUUGCAACUGAUAGCGUAAUAAAGAUCAGCGAUAUCAUUGCUGAUAUCAGUUCUCAGAGUGAAAUUAAAGAAAUAGCCCUAACUAUCAAUGAACUCUUCAUUAGAUUUAGAAAUCAACUUUAUUAA